GAUCAAAACCCAUCAAAUCAGAAUCCAAUCCUUUCUUAUAUUUUUUUCCCUCAUCAUGAAUCCGUCUCCAUCCAAGUCCAAGAAGAAGCAAACCCACCAGCAACCGCAGGAACCGACUCAAGCUGCUGCAGAAGGUGUAAGGUUUCUGGGUGUUCGGAGACGGCCAUGGGGAAGAUAUGCAGCGGAAAUAAGAGACCCUUCCACCAAAGAAAGGCAUUGGUUAGGCACAUUUGACACCGCCGAAGAAGCUGCCUUGGCAUACGACAGAGCCGCCCGCUCCAUGCGUGGCUCUCGAGCUCGCACCAACUUUGUUUACUCUGAUAUGCCCGCAGGUUCUUCUGUCACCUCCAUUAUCUCCCCUGAUGAGCCGCAACAAAUACAAUCCCUACAGCAGCAGCAGCAACAACAACAAGCAAAUAACUUUUCCUCAUCAAUCUUUUUUCCUCCAUCUCAGCUUGACCCAGCCUCCAUUUUCAAUAACCAGCAGGAUUUCAGCUCAUCCCAAUGCCAUUUCUCCGACGGUUUUUCUUCGGUGGCUGGCGUUGACAUGUGGGGUUGCUCCUCCACUACUACAUAUCAUCAUGACAAACAACUCCCAGCCAUAACUAACGAUGAACUUCCUCCAUUGCCAUGCGACAUUUCCAGCAGCUUUUCGAGCUCAGUUGAUUCAGGCAUUCACAAUUUGGGUUAUGAAAUGAGUCAAGGUGGAUGGAGUAAUACAACUUCAUCAGGAUUGAUGGGGCUUGAAGAUCAAACCACAAUGACAAACGGGUUCGAGUCAGGUGGAUCAUAUUUCGGGUUUGACGCCGGCGAGUACGUCCACAGCCCGCUUUUUAGCAGGAUGCCAUCGGUUUCAGAGACGGUACCUGAUGGUUUUGAUUUGGGUUCCUCAGCUUACUUCUUCUAAUGAUAAAGCUGUGUUGUCUAAUCUUUCCUGAGCUAAAUUCAUGUGGUUUCUUUGUUUUAUUAUCAUUCUUUUUUGGAUCUUCUU